UGAUUAAAUAUGGCCUUGUAUAUGUCAAGCGUGAACGUUGGUAUACGAUACAGUAAAUGACUUUAUAAAAGUAACAUUAAUAUCAAAUUACACGAAUAUACAAGUGAAACAUGCGAAAGAAAUACUUAGAAUAAGGAUAUGACAGACGAACAUUUUCUGCACGAACAAAGCAUUAUUCAUUUCGAUUUCUGGUAUACAUAUAUUUUGUUUGGUUUUGCAUUUGUGUUCUUUUUCAUACUAAAUCAAAUAAUCAAACGUCAUGGUACACCGAAGAAAGCGAAUACAGUGUACGAUUCCUGGUUAUGGGCGAAUUUGUGUGUAUCACUAAUUCAUGGAUUGAUUGUUGGUAUUUGGAGCAUUAUAAGCUUCCUUUAUCAUUAUGAAGACCAUCCAGGGCUUUUUGAAGAUCCCUUUUUAUUUUUCAAUACAUCUUCAUUCUUGAUGAUGAUAGUCUCAACAGCAUAUUUCUUUUAUGAUUCACUAAACAUUUUAGUCAGUAAUAUGUGGAAGAAAAAUAAGGAAGUACUGGUACACCAUUUUCUCAUCAUUACUGUCUUUGUAUAUCUAUGGCAUGAUAUAUAUGGAAUUGGAUAUACACAUUUAUGCCUUCUAUCGGAAUCCAGCAGCUUCUUUCUUCAUGCCAGGAAACUUUUACGUAUAGCUAGAUUUUCAUCGGACUCACUUAAGUCCCGCAUCCUUUCAAUUAUCAAUGUGGUUGCAUUUUUUAUAUUCCGUUUAAUACCUCUAGGAUUUUGCGUCACAAGGAUUUAUCCAGAAUAUUUUCUUAUGCGAAGACAUUUUGCGUAUUAUAGUUACCUGUCAAUAUCCGUGAUAGUUAUAUUUUUAAUUAAUGUCGGAUUCUUUGUCAGACUAUUAAAUACAGAUUUUAUACGACGCAAUAGCUAUAGGAAACAAAAAUGACAUAUUAAUAUAUGUUUCAAUCGGAACAUUGGCAAAUGAUAAUCUUUACAUAAUUUCUGGAUUCAGUUAAAUCAGUCCAGUAUUCAUUUACGUUAGUCAUAUACUGUAUUACCAAUACUUUAAAAUAUACCCGAUGCCUUAAUAGCAAUUUUAAGAUUAUUACAGAGCAUUGCUAUUUUUCUAUAAAAUACUUGAUGGCGAUAA